CAACAACAGUUAUAGAUUAAAUGUAGAAUUAUGUUAAACUUUCAUGUAUAAUUAUGGAUUCAAUACUCAUCAUCAGUACAUGCUUAUAGCCAAUUGACCUGAGUCCCCAAGGAAGCAAAAGAAAAAAUAAAAAAUAAUAAAAAUAAUAAUAAUAAUAAUAAUAAUAAUAAUAAUAACAAUGACAACGACUAUGACAAAGAAGAAUUACAUAAUCAGCUAGAGAGCCCAUGAGCUGCUAAUAAACUGAGCUUGAACUGUUGUGGUUAGGACAAACUUGAUUUUCAACACCUUUAAUUUAACUGAACAGAGCUCAACAAGCUAAUCCUUGACACAACAUGGUUCAUUUGCAUCCAAAGCUAAAACAUUAAAGGGAAUCCCUCAGAUUUGGGUUUGCAAACUGAGGUCCAGGCAACCCUUGCACCAGUUCACUACUACAAAAUAUACCUAUAAUGACAAAAGUUUAGCAGCAUUUAUUAAAAAAUGCUGCCAUUUAACAAUUUCUAAUAAGUGAGCACGUGAUUGCCGUGCACAUUCUUUCUUUAUUUUUUAUUUUUUCAUUUUGCUCCUCACUAUUUUUUUUGGGCAAGUAAAACAAAAUUCACUCGGUCUCUUCUCACCUCACUCCCUCAGUACCAAAAUCAAAUUGAAAUCCUAGGAAUGAGAUUCUCUCACUAGCAGAGUUUCUUCUCUCCGUUACUAAGAUUUUCAAUUAAAUCUUCAUUUACAUUUAGGAGAGAAAUCAAAACUGAGCCCUAGGAGUGACAUUCUCUCGCACGAUCUGAGCAGGAAAAACUCUCUCCUCAACAGCUUCAUUUACAUUUCACAGAGAAAUCGAAACCAAACCAAGCUGAGUUCAUUAAUCGGUCUGUUCUAUUUGAUUUUGGAGCUAAAUCGAUGUCUGAUUCGUCCAAAAUUGCCAACGAUCAGCAUUAUAUUCAUGUUCGUCCACUCACAGGAUUAAUUCCACACCAGCUUGAAUUAUUAGGCUACAUUGGUGAUAAUGAUACCUUUAUCAAGUUCUAAAUCAAAUUUAAUGUUUGGGUCAAAUCGUUAGCCAUCAAGGCAACUUUUGAUACAUAAUUUGUCAUAAAUGUGAUUCAAUCAUUUUCUUUUUUUAUUUCAUUUUCCAUGUUAUUUCUGAUUUGCUUUUUUAUUCUAAAAUUCAAAUUAACAAUUCAUAAUUUGUUUGGUUUUGACAUAUAAUGUGAUUUUUGUUUCCAUGAUGGGUUUGAUUGUGGUGUAAAAUCAUGCACCUUUUUGUUUCCAUGUUGUGUAAGAUAUUAAUAUUGGUUUGAUAAAAUGAAAACAGAUCAAUUGCUGCUUGUUUUCCAAAAUUGUUCCUUUAAUUACUAACCAAUGAGCCUUGGCUCUGUCGGUGCAACAAUUUCUUUUAGGGAUUUACGUUCUCUAAGCUUGUCAAUGAGCCCUGGCUCUCAGUCAAGUCGUGUCACAACUUCAAGGCAGAUCUCACCUCCUGGAGCUGGAUGUAUAGCCAUGGAAACAAAGAAAAGAAGGUCUUCAAAAGUGGCUCAAAAGCAACUUAUUCAUAGGAAGUCCAUUGACACGUUUGGGCAGAGAACAUCACAGUGUAGAGGUGUUAAAAGAAAGGUUAUGAAUCUAUGAUAUGGAAUAGAAACCUGCAAGAGCCUAUAAUCUUGCUGCUCUUAAGUAUUGGGGACCUUCAAUCCAAAUUAACUUCUCGCUGAAAAAUUACCAGCAAGAACUCGAGGAAAUGCAGAACACAAGCCGUCAAGAAUUUGUUGCUCACUUGAGAAGAUAAAACUGUUGACAAAUCCUUCUACAAUUGUGACUAUGCUUAAAAAAUUUAUAAGACUAAUGUUCACAUUUUCCCCUUUUUUUAUUUUCCAGGAAAGGUAGUGGUUUUUCUAGGGGGGCUUCGAUAUACCGAGGAUUGACAAGUUUCUAUUAAAAAUCAUUUUCUAUUAGAUCAUUUACAACAGCUGAAUAUAUAUAUAGGCAUCAUCAGCAUGGAAGAUGGCGAGCUCGGAUGGGCCGCAUAGCAGGAAACAAGGACCUUUAUCUUGGGACAUUCACACACAAAAUACCAUAAGCAUAAGUAUGCCUUGUAUUAUCCUUUUUCUAGCUAUCAUCUGGUUAGUGUUGAUGUCUUUUCUGUAAAGCCAAAUUUUGGUGUUGUGCAGUUAUUACUGUUCAAGUAUUUGACCUUUUUAUUUUGCUAUCAUAUGUGAAUUUUGUGGCUAUUUCUAUCUAAAAUAGCUACAUUUGUCUGUAGAAAUAAUUUUUAUCUUUGGAUUUUUUAAAUUUCUGCUUGAAGACUAUGCCGUGAAUUGACGGUUUCUCAAUAAAAGUUCAUCUUAUCACAUGUUAUUGCUGUUUGGUCAUGCAGAAAUAUUGCAACUGUGCGAUUAGGGUUUGUAGUCAAGGGACCGAGCUAUCAUGGAGGAGGGCCAGUCCUCCUCCCCCACACCGCCAGCAAGUUCUCUAGGCCGGAAUCCGUCCCCUAUUAAACCUACUUACCGUAGUUUUUUUGAUGAAGCUCUUGCAACUUUUAAGAAUCUAACCUAUCACAAAGAAUGCAGAGGGGUUAAAGUUUCUAUUACUAAAGCGGAUGUUGUUGAAGAAGUCGCUUUUUGGAAAUCUUCUGUUGUUGGCUACAUGAUGGGUAAGAAACCGUAUUACCCAUACUUCAAAUCCUUUGUGGCCAAAUAUUGGUCAAAAGACUUCACGUUGGUGUAUUUAAAGGAUGGUUUUUCCUGGUUCGAUUCAAGAAUGAUUCUGAUGUCCCUAAGGUACUGUCGAGGAUCCAUACGUUUGAAGGACGACCUAUUCUCAAGAAAAGAUGGGACAAAAAUGUAAACUUGCAAAAAGAAAUUCUAGAAACAGUUCCAGUGUGGUUACGCAUCUAUGACCUGCCGAUGCACUGCCGGAACGAAGAUUCAGUCUCAAAGGUUUGCUCAUUCUUUGCAAAACCAAUUUACAUGGACGAUCCUGAAACACACAGAGAUAAAGGUCAGUUUGUAAGGGUAAUGGUGGAAGUCAAAGUCAAAGAUGAUCUUCCAGACUCCAUGGUUGUAGAUAUUCAUGGCAUUGAUUGUCAUGUUGAACUUGAGUAUGAAUGGAAACCUGUAGCGUGUAAACUGUGUCAACGAGUUGAUCACAAUGAAGAGAGAUGUCCCCUUAAGGUUACACAACCCAAGGCCAAACCAAAGAAAACAGUGGAUCAAUAUGUUAUUAAGCAAAAAGGGAAGAUGAUUGAAGACAAGGAUGCUAACCAAGUGAUUGAUGAUAUGCCUGCGAGAAGGGUUCAAAAAGAAGUCAUAGUGCCUACUUCAAAUACUUUUGCUCUUUUGGAGGAUAAUGAGGAUGCUAAUGUUGUGGUGACUCCAUUGGAGGUGGUGGACAAAGAACAGUUGAUAGAAGCUGAGGUUGCUGCUCAUUUGGAGGAGGUUGAGAAUUCUAAUGAUGUGGUGUCUCCAGUGGAGGAGGUGGAAAAAGGAAAGACUCUAGUUUUCGAGGAGGCUACAUAUUUGGAGGACAAUGAAGAUACUAAUGGUGUGGAGACCCUAGUGGAAGUGGUGGAUGUGGAAAAUCCUAAGGCUGUUCUACAUAUUGCAGGGCAAGCUAAUGCUACAGCUGAUAUUGGGGUUGAUGAUGUGAUAGAGACAGUUGUGAUUGAAGAUUUAUCUUUGGAUGAGGAUAGGCAGGUUCAGGAGACCCCAAAAUCUCAAAUGGGUAAAAACUCUGGUCCAAACCAAGAGACUCCAAGAGUGGGAAAACAAUCCAAACAAAGAAAUAAACCUUAUGUGCCUCCAUCAGAUAGAAUAACAAGGGGAAUGCAAGCAGGCAGUGGUUCACUGCCAUUGUCUCAAUAAUGUUAGGAGCAUGGAAUGUGAGAGGUCUUAAUAAACCUCCCAUGCAAAAGGAAGUAAAGCAGUGGAUACUUGAGAAUAAGUUUGCUUUUGCUGUCCUUGAACUAGAGUGAAAGAAGGUAUGGCAUUCAAAAUUCAGAAAAAAAUAAGCCCUCAAUGGAGCUGGAUGGCUAACUAUAAGUCUCAUUAUUUGGGAAAAAUCUGGAUUGGUUGGAAUGGAGCUCUAUUUGAUGUGGAUUUAAUUAAUGAAGAUGCUCAAGCUAUGUUAGUUCAAGUAAAGCAUAUUGUGUCUAGUAAAACUGUUUACAUCACUGGUGUUUAUGCUGCCAAUAGAGUUAAAGAAAGAAGAGAAUUGUGGAAAUCUCUUAAAACUCAAUCAGAAAUUAUUUCAGGUCCUUGGAUUGCUAUGGGAGAUUGGAACAUUAUUAGAUACAGUCAUGAAAAGAAAGGGGGUCUUCGCAUUCCUCAAUGUCGACUGGAUGAUUUUAAUAGGCUGAUUCAAGAUAUAAGUAUGGAUGAUCUUCCCAUAAAUAAUGGGGAGUGGUCCUGGAGUAAUAAACAGAACUUACAGUCAAGGAUUAAGCAAAGUUGGAUUGAGUGUUUGUGAAUUCUUCCUGGCUGCAGCAAUUUAAUGACUCCAAGGUUUCCCUCACACCAGCUUCAUUGUCUGAUCACUAUGGGAUGGCAAUUCAGUGGUAUUUUGAUUGUUCAACUGGUCCAAAACGUUUCAAAUUCCUCAAGAUUUGGUAUUCAAAUGAUGAUGUGGUUCCAGUUAUUUCUACGGCAUGGGAGAUGAAUGUCACAGGCAGCCCCUUCUAUGUGCUUCAGAAAAAAUUAAGGGCUGUAAAGGCUGUUGUGAAGGAGUGGAACAAGACUAAGGGUACAGCAUCUGAACAAAUUCAAGUAGCUAGAGUUAAUUUGCAUUCAGCUCAAAUGGAUCUAUUAACAUAGCCAGAUGAUCAAGCUUGUAUAGAUAGAGAAAGAGAUUUAUCUGGUAAAUUGCAGCAUGCUCUUGAUCUUGAAGAAAUUUAUUGGGCUCAAAAAGCUAGGAUAAAAUGGCUCCAAGCGGGUGACAAAUGUACUGCCUUCUUUCACAAUGUGGUAAGGCAAAGGAGAUGCUUCAAUUCUAUUACUCAAUUUCAAAAUUCCAAUGGUGAGAUCUCUGCAGACCCUAAUACCAUCAAAGAAUGGUUGGUUAAAUUCUAUAAAGCCUUGUAUAAGAAACAAGAUGAAGCUGAAGUUGAACUGCAGGCACCUAGAAAGGUUUUAAGGGAUGAAGAUGCUCAGAAUUUCGACUGUGAUAUAACAGCAGAGGAAAUAAAGGGUGUUGUCAUGCAAUUUCUGCCUGAUAAAGCACCAGGUCCAGAUGGAUUUCCUGCCAGAUUCUAUCAACAUUUUUGGAGGUUUAUAGGACAAGAUGUGAUCAAUGCUGUGAACCAUUUUUUCACUGAAUGCACCCUUCCUCAAGUUAUUAAUUCCACCUUUCUUACCCUCAUUCCAAACGCAAAUCAUGGUGACAAAAUUGCCAACUACAGGCCCAUUGCCUUGUGUAAUCUUGCUUAUAAAAUUAUCUCAAAAAUUCUAGCAAAUAGACUGAGCAAAGUGCUCCCCAGUAUCAUUGGAUCUGAGCAAGUAGCUUUCAUUAAAGAUAGAAGGCUACAUGAUAAUACUCUUCUUGUUUCUGACUUAAUAAAGGGGUUUGGAAAGAAAUAUGGUGAUCCAACUAUUGCUUUGAAAGUUGACUUGAAGAAAGCAUAUGAUUCUGUUGAUUGGAAUUUUAUUCAGAGAGUGUUACAAGGACAUGGAUUUAGUGAUAAAUGGAUCAAAUGGGUUACUGUAUGCAUCACCUCUCCAAAAUUCUCAGUUCUGUGUAAUGGAGUGCCUGCUGGCUUUUUCUCCACUUCCAGAGGCAUAAGACAAGGCUGCCCUCUCUCUCCACUGCUAUUUGCAUUUGUCACAGAAUAUUUCAGUAAUAUGAUGGAGACAGCUAUUGUUGAGGGUAAGAUUAAAGUGUCCAGGGUAGUGUCACAGACAAACAUGAAAAUGUCACACACUUUUUAUGCUGAUGAUCUCUUAAUGGUGGUCAAAGCAGAUAUUUCAACUGUCAAGGCAAUUGAUGUUAUCUUUCAACAGUUCAAACAAUCUAUUGGGCUUCCGGUUAACAAGGAGAAAAGUACAAUUAUCUUUUCUAAAUCAGUGAGAGGUAAAAGAAGGAUAUCUAACAUUUUGCAGUUUCAAACUGAAAAUUUCCCUUUCAAAUAUCUUGGAUUGCCUUUGUCUAAUAAUAAUUGGAGAGCUGGAGAUUUCAGAAUGCUCUUGGACAAGAUUAAUGGGAGAUUAACUCGUUGGAAUACCAUCAAUCUCUCUAUGGCAGGACGAAUUGAAUUGUUGAGGUCAGUUUUAUAUUCUUAUCUCUACCACUGGGUGUUUGGAUUUAAAAUCCCUUGGGAGGUCAAGAUUGAUUUGGAAAGGAGAUUCAAGCAUUUUUUGUGGAGUGGAAAACUCGAUGUCAAAAAAAUUUCUCAGUAAAAAUGGAGCCAAGUGACUAUGCCAAUUUCAGAGGGUGGCUUCAAUCUUAGAAAAAUCCAAGACAUAGAUGUGGCUGCCAAACUGACUUUAUGUUGGGAUUUUGUUCAGCAAAAGGAUAAAUUGUGGAUUCAAUGGUUACAUGCAAGGUAUCUUCAAAGAGUUUCUUUUUGGAAUGCUAUUCCAAAAAAUACUGAUUUCCCUAUUUGGAAACAAAUUCUAGGGGUUAGACAUUUGUUGUUACAAAACCUUGAGUUUAGGAUAGGGGGUGGGCUGAAGUUCAAGAUGCUUACAGACCCUUGGUGUGAAAAUCAAACCUUAAUUCAGAGAUUUGGGGCUACAUUACUUAGACACGUGGAUAGACAAGCUUUAUUAGCAGAACUUAUUAUCAAUAGCAGGUGGGAUAGACCUGACUUUCUGCCUGAGACAGUGUUUAUUGUUAUUCAGAGGAUAAAGACUGUAGCAGGUUCAGACAGUAUAGGUUGGAAGACUGGUGGAUUUUCUCUGAAAGCUGCUUGGAACUCAUGUAGAUAUGCAACUUCAAAAGUGACCUAGUGUGAUCUUUGUUGGAAACAUUGUAGGCCUCGAAUUGCUGUAGGGGUUUGCAUCAUUUUACAUAACAAAAAUUUAUCUUUGGUUAACUUGCAGAAACGAGGUUUUACUCUUGCUGCUAUAUGUCAUAAAUGUAUGAGAAGUGAGGACUCCAAUGAUCAUCUUUUUCGCACCUGUAGUUAUGCUCAGAAGAUUUGGCAAGAGCUUUUUUCUCUUCUACACGUGGAUAAUCCAAAAUGUAAUUCUCUCAUGCAACUGGUGGAGUGGUUUGGGCUGCAAACCAGCUCAAAGUCAACAAAAUCUAAAGUGCUGAGCUCAGUUUUUUCAACUGCUAUUUGGAAAAUUUGGGCUAUCAGAAUUGAAGUUCUGCACAAUGGAGAUCAACUUCAAGCUACUAUUGUUGCACAGUCUAUUGUUUGGGAAGUCUUGGCACAUCUCAAAAUUCGACUUGAAGAUUUCCUUAUCAUUUUUUUAUGAGGAAGGUUUUGUUUUUCAUGGUUGUAUUGCUGGGGCUUGUUUAAUGUGUUUGUCCGAGAGAUGUGUUGCUGAUUUGCUACCGAGUUAAUGAUCAAAUGGUUUUUAGAGGUUUUCUCAACACGUUGGAUUAAAUGCUCAGUGUGAUAAUGAUGGGGUUUUUGGUUUCUUAGCUGGAUUUGGUGCUGAUCUGAUGUCAUGAUUUGUUCAGCAUCAGAGUUUGUUUUUUUUUUUUUUU